AUGGCAGACGUGAGCGAACCUCAACAGGAGCCCCCGUUUCUAGUUCGCCUGUUCUAUAACUCUGGCUCAUUGAUACACCCAGACAGAUUUACAAACUCAGCUUCGCUAUCAUCUGUCAAUAUCUUUACUUGGCCGUCAUGCACUCUCCAAGAAUUGGUUUAUGAGCUUGCCGAUGCUCGUCCAAAUCCACUACCCGCACCGUCAAUAGGCACAAGAGUGGUAUUCCAACUUGUAUAUCCUGAUUUGAAAAGUGCAAGCUCCGUGGGUGGUCGGAGAGCAAACUUUGCGGUCAAGGAUCUCGGCAGUCAUAUCGUCGGCGCCGGCGGCCCUGGUGCCGAAGACGACGAGCAUCUCGAUACAAACAGCAAAGGCCGCGGAUCCACUACUUGGACAUUACAGGACGCGCAUUUCGCGGCUGGGGACUACAUUUCAUGCGCAAUAUUGCCACCAUUAAGCGAUGGGACUGUUGCGCCCGCUUACGAUGCAAUCAGAUCGCAGGAGGCUCCAAGGCAAGCCAUGCCAGAUCAGCCAUCAAUAUUUGGCAACCGUCGAAACAGCCAUAACCAAAAUACCCGGCCCAUGCAUGAGAGUGAAGGGCCUCGAUAUCCGCGUGGCAGUUGGAAGGGGAAUAAUGGGCGUGAACAACCUGGCCGUGCGAGGGGAAGGGGUCGUGGUAGAGGCGGCUGGUGA